AUGGGUGAAUGUCCAGUUCAUAAGCCCGCCAAUGUUGCUGGCGGCGGCACCAGAAACCACAACUGGUGGCCCGAGGGCCUCAAGCUCAAUGUCCUGCGCCAGCACACCGAGUCCACCAACCCAAUGGGCAAGGACUUCGAUUACGCACAGGCAUUCAAGAGCUUAGACUACUAUGCCCUGAAGAAGGAUCUCAAUGACCUUAUGACAGACUCUCAGGACUUCUGGCCUGCCGACUUUGGCCACUACGGUGGUUUGUUCAUUCGGAUGGCGUGGCACAGUGCCGGUACUUACCGAGUGUUUGACGGCCGCGGCGGUGGUGGUCAAGGCCAGCAGAGAUUUGCCCCACUUAACAGCUGGCCCGACAACGUCAGCCUGGACAAGGCCCGUCGCCUGUUGUGGCCCAUUAAGCAGAAGUACGGCAACAAGAUCUCCUGGGCUGAUUUGCUGCUCCUUACCGGUAAUGUUGCUCUCGAGUCCAUGGGUUUCAAGACCUUUGGCUUCGCUGGUGGUCGUCCCGAUGUCUGGGAGGCCGAUGAGUCGGUUUACUGGGGUGGUGAGACCGUGUGGUUCACCAACGACGUCCGCUACAAGGAAGAAUCUGAGGCAGACAAGAAGAAGCAGGGUGACAUUCGCACUCGUGAUCUCGAGAACCCCCUGGCUGCUGUCGUUAUGGGUUUGAUCUACGUCAACCCUGAGGGUCCCGACGCCAACCCCGACCCCCUUGCUGCCGCUCGUGAUAUUCGCAUCACCUUCGGCCGCAUGGCCAUGAACGACGAGGAGACCGUUGCUCUGAUUGCUGGUGGUCACACCUUCGGUAAGACCCACGGAGCUGCUCCUGCCGACAACGUUGGUGAUGAGCCUGAGGCUGCCGGUAUUCACCAGCAGGGUCUUGGCUGGUCCAACAAGCACGGCUCCGGCAAGGGUGCUGAUACCAUCACCUCUGGUCUGGAAGUUACCUGGACUAAGACUCCUACCAAGUGGAGCAACCAGUUCCUCGAGUACCUCUUCAAGUAUGAGUGGGAGCUCACCAAGUCCCCUGCCGGUGCCCACCAGUGGGUCGCUAAGAACGCCGACGAUAUCAUUCCCCACGCGUUCGACCCUAACAAGAAGCUCAAGCCCCACAUGCUUACCACUGAUCUGUCUCUCCGCUUCGACCCUGAGUACGAGAAGAUCUCGCGCCGCUUCCUUGCCAACCCUGACCAGUUCGCCGAUGCCUUUGCCCGCGCUUGGUUCAAGUUGCUUCACCGUGACAUGGGUCCCCGUGUCCGCUGGCUCGGACCUGAGGUUCCCCAGGAGACUCUGCUCUGGGAGGACCCCGUUCCUGCUGUAAACCACCCUCUGAUCGACGUCGAGGACGUUGCCGAGCUCAAGCGCGAGAUUCUCAACUCUGGCGUCGACCACACCAAGUUCAUCUCCACUGCUUGGGCCUCAGCCUCCACCUUCCGUGGCGGUGACAAGCGUGGCGGAGCCAACGGUGCCCGCAUUCGCCUCUCUCCCCAGAACAAGUGGGAGAUCAACAACCCCGCCCAGCUGCAAGAGGUUUUGAAGGUCCUGGAAGACAUCCAGCGCCGCUACAACAACUCCCAGACGGGCAACAAGCGUGUGUCGCUGGCCGACCUCAUUGUUUUGGCUGGUUCCGCCGCUCUGGAGAAGGCCGCCGGUAUUCCCGUUCCCUUCACCCCCGGCCGCACAGACGCCACCCAGGAGCAGACCGAUACCGACUCCUUCGGCUUCCUCGAGCCCUUCGCCGACGGUUUCCGUAACUACGGCCGCUCGACUGGCCGUGUCCGCACUGAGCAGAUGCUCGUCGACCGUGCUCAGCUCCUCACUCUCUCCGCUCCUGAGCUGACCGUCCUCGUUGGUGGUCUGCGUGUCCUCAACGGUAACUGGGACCGCUCCAACACCGGUGUCCUCACCCAGCGUCCUGGCCAGCUCACCAACGACUUCUUCGUCAACCUGCUCGACAUGAACACCGAGUGGAAGCCUACUAGCUCUGAUAACGAGACCUUCGAGGGUGUCGACCGCAAGUCCGGUGCCAAGAAGUGGAACGCUACUCGUGUUGAUCUUAUUUUUGGUCACCACGCUGAGCUGCGUGCUCUUGCUGAGCUUUACGGUAGCCACGAUGGUCAUUCCCAGUUUGUGCGCGACUUUGUUGCUGCUUGGGAUAAGGUUAUGAACCUGGACCGCUUUGACUUGGCGUACGCUGCUCCUUCCAGCCGCCCUGCUCGUCUUUAA